GUAAUGAAAAUUAUUAUUUACUAUAAAAUUUAUUAUAAUUACAAGCACAGAUUAAGUUUCUGACUACAAAUUCCCAACACAUAACACAACUAUGUAUCACAACCCAUCUUCUACUAAAAGUUUCAGAACAUACACUCUGAAAGUUGAAGACACGAAUGAGUCAUUGCAUGUACACCAUCCACUUUACACGAUACCAACCAGUAAUUUUCAAGAGAAAUAUACUUUCGUACUAUUCUAAAACAAGUUUUGCCGACCAAGCGAAUCGAUUAACUGAACAAACAUCUAAAAAACCCGCGCAAGCGUUGCACCAACCCAUGCAUCCCCUAUCGAUGCUUCGCUACUUUUUAACAACAGCUUCAUUUCGCGAUGACGAACGAACCAGUGAUCACAGAAGGCGACAGCAACAGCAACAGUGACUACAGUCUUCAAUUGAAUCGAUGGUUCUUAAAACCGAUUGGUGCAUGGCCAUCGUCUCCAUCCACCACAAGACUGGAAAAGAUUGUUUCAUUUAUUUUAAACAUCAUUUGCUUCACCUCCGUAAUCAUCACUGCGAUUCCUAGUCUAUUACUAAUGAUUCUAGAAGACGAAAGCAUUUACAUGAAACUGAAGACACUGGGACCUGUCAGUCAUUGGUUCGUCAGCAGCGCCAAUUACACGGCUUUGUUAAUGCGCGGCAGGGACAUACGACAUUGCGUGGAACACAUCGAAGCUGACUGGCGAACAGUGACCAGGGAGGAGGAUCAACACGUGAUGAUGAAAAACGCGAAAUUCGGUCGCUACGUAGCUGCUUCGUGCGCCGUUUUCAUGCAGGGUGGCGUUUUGUGCUUUUGCUUUGUGACAGCGUUAACUACAACCGAGAUUCAAAUUGGAAACGAGACGAGAAUCUUACACGUGUUACCUUGUGCAGUAUACAAGAAGUUGGUGAAUGUCGAUGAAAGUCCAGCAAACGAAAUUAUGCUUUUUCUACAAAUUUGGGCUGCUCUUAUCGCGAACUCUAGUACGGUUGGAAUUUUUAGUCUCGCAGCUGUACUAGCUGCUCACGCGUGUGGUCAGUUGGACGUAAUUAUGAUGUGGAUUACUAAAUUUGUUAAGGAAGCAAAGCAACGAAAGAAAACUAGUAGUUUUCGGGAAAUUGGAGUAAUCGUGGAGCGACACCUGAGGACGUUGAAUUUUAUCUCGUGCAUCGAGGAUGUGAUGAACAGGAUAUAUUUUUUAGAGAUGUUCAGGUGCACGAUGGAUAUAUGUGUAAUUGGCUAUUAUAUUCUUUCGGAAUGGGCUGACCACGAUAUUCAGAAUUUAUCUACGUAUUUUAUGAUGCUCAUUUCAAUCUGUUUUAAUAUUUUCGUAAUAUGCUACAUCGGUGAAAUAUUGACGGAACAGUGCCAAAAGGUUGGGGAGGUGGUUUAUAUGACAAACUGGUAUUAUUUACCCGAUAAAAUAAUCCUCGACUUGAUUUUGAUCAUCGCACGAUCGAGCGUGGUCGUUCAUAUCACUGCUGGAAAAUUGGUUCACAUGUCUGUAUAUACAUUCGGUGAUGUGGUAAAGACUGGUUUCGCAUAUUUGAACCUGUUACGACAAAUGACGUGAUUAAAUUUUGACGAAUUUUCUAUUUAAAUAUUUCUGUAGAUGAUGUCAAAUUUUAAAUACAAACAGUGGUAAUACAAUUAUGAUUAAUGUCUUUUGUUAUCAGUAGAGUAGGAUGUGCUAUAUUUGAGAUUUUUUAACCUUUGAGCUACGAACCUUUGAAUCAUGAAUCUAUGAACUUUUUAGGUCUGUAUCCUCAUUGAUUAUAUUAUUUCUUUUCUAUACAGAAAUGCGUAUAUAUGCAUAUUUAGCGAUUUAAAUAGA